AGCCCCGGGCACCGCCCCUGCCCUGCCCUGACCCCCUGGCCUCGACAUGCUGUCAUCGGAGGAGCCGUCCCGCUCGGGACAAGGCCAGAAUGGACAGAGAUAGAGCCAGGGGCAGGCGAGGAGCCGUCGUGUCGUCGAGCCGGUGCCAAGAGAAGCGCGCUCAGGGACCCGUCGUCCCGUCCUGGUCGGUGCAGCCGGCCUCUGCACGCGGACCAUCAUGGCUCUGGCCCCCGCCGGCAAGCAACUGGGGGCCCUGGUGUGGGGCGCCUGCCUGUGCGUCCUGGUGCGCGGGCAGCAGGCACAGCCGGAGCAGGGCUCAGACCCGGCGCGUUGGCGGCAGCUGAUCCAGUGGGAGAACAACGGGCAGGUGUACAGCCUGCUCAACUCGGGCUCCGAGUACGAGCCGGCCGGACCAAGGCGCGCCCAGAGUGGCUCCCGGGUGCUGCUGGCCGGUGCGCCCCAGGCCCAGCCGCGGCGCAGCCACGGGAGCCCCCGGCGUCGUCAGGCGCCGACCCUGCCCUUGCCCGGGCGCGUGGCCUCAGACACGGUGCGCGGCCAGGCGCGGCACCCGUUCGGCUUCGGCCAGGUGCCCGACAACUGGCGCGAAGUGGCCGUCGGGGACAGCAUGGGCAUGGCCCGGGCCCGUACUUCGGUUUCCCAGCAACGGCACGGGGGCUCCGCCUCCUCGGUUUCAGCCUCGGCCUCGGCCUUCGCCACUACCUACCGCCAGCCACCCUCCUACCAGCAGCAACAGUUCGGCUACCCGCAGGCGCCCUACGUCAGCCAGUACGAGAACUAUGACCCCGCGUCUCGGACUUAUGAACAGGGCUACGUGUAUUACCGCGGCGCUGGCGGCGGCCUGGGCGCAGGGGCGGCGGCGGUGGCCUCGGCCGGGGUCGUCUACCCCUUCCAGCCGCGAACGCGAUACGAGGAGUACGGCGGCGGCGGCGAAGAGCAGCCGGAGUACCCGGCACAGGGCUUCCAGCCGGCGGUGGAGAGGCCGUACGCGCCGCAGCCACAGCCCUCCGACGGCCUGGACCGCCGCUACUCGCACAGCCUCUACAGCGAGGGCAACGGCAACGGAGGAGGAGGCUUCGAGCCCGUCUACCCCGAUCCCGGACCAGGACCCGAGGCUGUGCCAAAUGGAGCUGGUGGAGGCGGCGGCGACCCCCGCCUGGGUUGGUACCAGCCCUAUGCCAACGCGCCACCCGAGGCCUAUGCACCGCAGCCGCGCGCCGUGGAGCCUCAGCCGCCUUUCCGCGUGCUGGAGCCGCCCUACCUUCCCGUGAGGAACUCGGACUCGUCAGUGCCCAACGGGGAGCGCGACGGCGCGCAGCAGGGCCGCCUCAGCGUGGGCAGCGUGUACCGUCCUAGCCCGAACGGGCGUGGCCUCCCUGACCUGGUCCCAGACCCCAACUACGUGCAGGCGUCCACGUACGUGCAGAGAGCACACCUGUACUCGCUGCGCUGCGCCGCUGAAGAGAAGUGUCUGGCCAGCACUGCCUAUGCCCCCGAGGCCACCGACUAUGAUGUGCGGGUGCUGCUGCGCUUCCCCCAGCGCGUGAAGAAUCAGGGCACUGGGGACUUCCUCCCUAACCGGCCGAAGCACACCUGGGAGUGGCACAGCUGCCACCAACAUUACCACAGCAUGGACGAGUUCAGCCACUACGACCUGCUGGAUGCAGCCACGGGCAAGAAGGUGGCCGAGGGCCACAAGGCGAGCUUCUGCCUGGAAGACAGCACCUGUGACUUCGGCAACCUCAAGCGCUAUGCUUGCACCUCUCACACACAGGGUCUGAGCCCAGGCUGCUACGACACCUACAACGCUGACAUCGACUGCCAGUGGAUCGACAUCACCGAUGUGCAACCUGGGAACUACAUCCUCAAGGUGCACGUGAACCCCAAGUACAUCGUCUUGGAGUCUGACUUCACCAACAACGUGGUGAGAUGCAACAUUCACUACACAGGCCGCUACGUCUCCACCACAAAUUGUAAAAUCGUCCAGUAA